UCUAUUUCACCGGUUGCGCGGAAGCGGUUCCGUGGCCUCGCUGCGCUCCCCGGUCGGAUCCGGCUCUGCUCUCCGAGGUUCUUGUCCGCUUCCCUCGCCGAGGCAUGUGAGCGGGCCAUGUGCUUGUUUUCCCUCCCUCCCCUUUCCUCUAUAAGAAUAAAUAGAGAUCUCGAAAAGAUACCCACCGAGCGCGUCAUCAGGGCCGCAUGCUUGAUUUUCACGUUCUUGGUCUCGUUCUCGAUCUGAAUUAUAUACCCACGAGGAGUUCGUAACGUAUCCGGGCGUUGAAACGGGAGUGGGAAGAGCAGGGGACGUGGCUUUCGUUUUGUUUGCUUUUUCUUUUCGGUGGGUGUUUGAAGGGAAACCAACUGCCAGGACCAUGGCCACGAAGGGACUCGUCGUUUACCUGAUAUCCGGGUUCGCCCUCGCGAUCGUGUCCGCGUUCUUUCUUGCGAGCGGAACGCGCGAGGAUGCGGAACGGGGUCCGCUCGUUUCGCUGCAUUCGGACCUGCGAGACACCGAGAAAGUCUGGCCGGAUUUGGAGUUUGGGUGGCGGGUGGUGGUGGCCACGGUGAUCGGUUUUCUGGGGUCGGCGUGCGGGACGGUGGGCGGCGUCGGGGGCGGUGGCAUUUUCGUGCCCAUGCUCACCCUCGUCGUCGGGUUCGACACCAAGUCUGCUGCUGCCAUCUCCAAGUGUAUGAUAAUGGGGGCAUCCACGGCCUCUGUCUGGUACAACCUGAGAGUACCCCAUCCGAUGAGGGAAGUGCCCAUCAUAGACUAUGAUCUGGCCCUUCUGUUCCAGCCCAUGCUAAUGCUCGGCAUCACCGUCGGUGUAGCGCUCAGUGUGGUCUUCCCUUACUGGCUCAUCACCGUUUUAAUCAUCAUACUCUUUUUAGGAACCUCGUCAAGGUCGUUCUGCAAAGGGGUUGAGAUGUGGAAGGAAGAAACAGUCUUCAAGGGAUUGCAGAAAGAAUUGGCCAAGCAGCAAGAGACUCUUGUGAACUCUCGUGGUGAACUUCUCAUCGAUACACAGUAUGAUCUGCUCAUUCCAAAUGAAGAGAAAACAGAAUUGCAAAUACUGUGUUUGAACCUUAGGUGGAAAAGGACUUUGAUACUAGUCAUUGUCUGGGUUGCCUUCCUGCUUCUCCAGGUCAUCAAGAAUGAUCUAGCAGUUUGUAGUACAUGGUACUGGGUGCUCUUCUGCUUGCAGUUCCCAAUCGCAAUGUCUGUAUUUGGAUAUGAAGCAGUGAAAUUGUACAGAGAGCACAAGAAGAGGAUGUGCAGCGGUAACACCGAAGCCAUAUGCGAGGCCACCAUCCAGUGGACUGCAGUGCACAUUGCGUUCUGUGCACUCUGCGGCAUCUUAGGAGGUUGCGUGGGGGGUCUUCUGGGUUCAGGCGGCGGAUUCAUUCUGGGCCCACUUCUCCUUGAGAUUGGAGUCAUUCCUCAGGUUGCUAGUGCGACGGCAACAUUUGUGAUGAUGUUCUCAUCAUCCUUGUCUGUGGUGGAGUUCUACCUACUCAAGCGAUUUCCCAUCCCCUACGCGCUGUACCUCAUGGCGGUUUCGGUAUUGGCCGGUUUCUGGGGACAAUACUUUGUGAGGAAACUGAUAACGUUCUUGAGAAGAGCUUCCCUCAUCGUAUUCCUUCUCUCUGGUGUCAUCUUUGCUAGUGCCCUCACCAUGGGGGUAAUUGGCAUUGAGGAGAGCAUUGUGAUGAUUAAGAAUCAUGAGUUCAUGGGGUUUUUGAGCUUUUGUAGUAGUCAAUAAAAGCCAUUGCAGUGGCAUUGGUGAAGCAAGUUACUAUGGGAAUCAAGUAAGUGCCAAGAGCAUUGUGAUUUUAUCUUUCAUGAGAUAGUCUUGGUGUUGGCCAAUUCCUCGUUGACCAACCUAGGCAGAAUAAUCUACCAUCAAUAAAAGCUGUCAAGCUUAAUGUUAGUGUUAGCUCCUGGCUAACACCACCCCUCAUUCAUAGGUGUGAUCCUUUUUAGCUUUCUUCAGAUUGGUUCGUGGGCUUUUUAGGUUUCUUUGCCUUGUAUUUUGGAUUGGUUUCAGCCUCUUUUUGAGACCAUAAUAAAAUAGAGAUUAGAAAGAUGCAAGUACGUCUCUCGUUGAA